UCUCUUCCGGAAGUGAAAUCGAAGCUCACGUGCGCUGGGCUGUUGACAGUGUUUACGGGGUUUUGUUUUCCACAAAAUGUCCCACCUUUCUAAAAAAUCAUUAACAUUAAAUAUUGUACGGUGAUUGACGCUUCACAGUCUAAUAAUAUAUAUGAAAAUCUCUUACGUUGCUGUUUAGCUGGAAUCUCUUAGUUUAGAGAAGUCCAACCAAGUUAGCUUAGCAAAAACAAGCAUUGGGUCUGAGCUUUCCUUGGAAGCAGUGAAAUAUGGAGAUAGACGGCCGGGACUUUUUGAACACUCCACCCGUGAAGACUGUCAGGUUUGGAGGCAGCGUUGCUGAGACGUUGGAAAAACAUAAACAGGGAAACUCAAGUGAUUAUGAACUCCUGAAACAUCAGCUGGCUGAUCCUGAGAUAAAGGAUGCCCAGAUCAUCAACUGGCUGCAAGAAUUUCGGAGUUGUGUGACCCAGCUUACCAAGGACCACGAACAGCUUAUUUAUAGUGUCCUGAGGCUUCCAUGGUUGGGACGCAGCCAGGCAGUAGUGGAGGAGUACAUGGCCUUCCUCGGCAACCUGGUGUCAGCACAGACUGUCUACUUGUGUGCCUGCCUCAAGAUGGUGGUUUCCCACUUCACUCCCAGGAGAGUGACCGUCUGUGAAGGAGGAGUGGAUAUCUCUGAUUCAGAUGAUGAAGAUGAAAAUCUCCCCAGAAACUUUGAUCACUGUCACCAGGCGUUGCAGCUCAUCAUCAGAUAUGUUCCCUUCACAAGUCGCUUUCUGGUGCCUAUUUUGCAAGAAAACUUCCCCUUCAUACAGAAAUCCUCCAGAACACUGGAGUGUUACGUCCACAACCUCCUCAGAGUGACGGUGUACAUACCGUCCAUUCGACGAGAUGUUCUAGAAGUGAUCAUUGGAAAGCUUCUCAAACUGGAUGUGAAUGCGUCCCGCACAGACAUCGAGGAGGCAGAGGAGAAAGCACUGCAGAACCAGAAGGCAGAUGAUCAGACCGAAGAGGGACUCUUUGAUAUGGAUGAGGACGUGUCUCCACAUCAGGACAGGACGGAUCUGAUGGUCCAUCCAGUGGCUGAGAGGCUGGACACCCUCAUGGCCGUGCUAAUGGCGUACAUCAAGGACGUGUGCCAUGUCAACGGCUCGCUUCACGUGGAAAUGACGAAGGAGUUGUACAAAGAUUUGUUGAGCGUUUUUGACAAGCUGAUUCUGCCGACACAUGCUUCCUGCCACGUCCAGUACACACUCUUCUACCUCUGCAGCUUCAGACUGGCCUUGGCAGAGGCCUUUCUGGAUCACCUGUGGAAGAUCCUGCAGAACCCCUCUCAGCCCGCUGUCAUCCGCCAGGCUGCUGCUGGAUAUCUGGGAAGCUUUCUGGCCCGAGCCAAAUUCAUCCCUGUGAUAACUGUGCGGGCCUGUCUCGACUUGCUGCUCUCCCUGAUCCAUCGCUACAUCGACAGCCAGGACAGCAGCGGCAGACAGGUCUGCUGCGACAUCAGCCUGCACGGGCCCUUCUACACGGCCUGCCAGGCCGUUUUCUACACGCUCAUUUUCCGACACAGAGCCAUUCUGGAGGCCAACAUGAAGAAAGGUCUGGAGUAUCUGCAGAGCCUGAACCUGGAGCGGGUGGUGAUGAGUCAGCUGAACCCUCUCAAAGUCUGCCUGCCUUCAGUCACCAGCAUGUUUGCUGCCAUCACCAGGAAGUACCAAGUGGUGUUCUGUUACUCGGUCAUAGAGAGGAACAACCGGAUUGCGCUGCCAGUGGUGCGCAGCUCUGCAGGAGGAGACUCUGUGACCACCAACACCAACCCUUUGGACAGCUUCUUCCCCUUCGACCCCUACCUGCUCAAGAGGUCUGGCAAGUUGAUAGAACCACUGUACCAGGUCUGGGAGGAACUAGCAGAUGCAGAGCUGCUUCCGACUAAAACAGGCCAACAGAGCUCAAGGGAAGAUGAGGAUGACUUCUUGUGUGGGGAGGCGCCUCAGACCGAGGGCAUCGUGGGAAUGACGCCGAGCUCCUUCGACUCAAACGUCUGCAGUCCAAACAGCAUAGGUUCACCCCCCAGCUCCUUCCCGAGACCGUUCUAGUCCCUCAUCAUGAACUGUCCAGUUGUGACGAGACCCCGCUGUUCCUGAAGUCCUGAGGCACGUUCCGGGUUGGACCUUUUUUUGGGUCAGUGAGUUAUGUGGCCACAGAUUUGUACAGUGACUCUUUCCUGACAAGCCACGUGGUGCUGAUACUUCAAGAACACAUCAGCCACGGACAAGUUGGAACUAUUCAUACAAGAUUACUCGGGUUGAUGAGUAAGACUUGUAAACAUUAUUAAUCACAUUAAAAAAAGGCCAUGGUGGCAUGUGCAAAGACAAUGAAAGCAACAGUACCAGUAAAAGAGCCCUUAAAUCCAUGAUAAGCAGAUUCGUGUAAAUGUUUAGAACAGAUAUCAGUUUUAAAUGAACCUAUGUGGACUAAUGUAGACAGGCAUUAGCUUUUAUCUGCUUUAUUUUAUUAUCAUUAUUUGUUUCUGUACAGAAGAAAGUGCUAUUCAAAAUAAACUGGACUUGUGAAGUUGUA